AUGCCUGAUAAUGUUUUUUGCUACAAAGUGCACAUACAUGAAGAGCAGAAGUUAUUGUAUGGUUUACUGAUGGAUGGCAAGUUAAGGGUUUUCAAAUGGCCUAGCAUGGAAUUUAUUCUUGAUGAGGCUAAUGCCCAUGCCUCUGUGAAGGAUUUAGAUUUCAGCCCCGAUGGAAAAUACCUUGUCUCUGUGGGAAGUGGUGACCCUGGUAGGGUUUGGAAUGUUGACUCAUCAACUUCUAUAGCCUCUUUAACAAAGGAAAAUUUGUUCAUCAUGUCCAAGAUGAGGUUUUUGGUUUCUGCAGGUUCUCACAAGCUAGUGACAAGAAUCUACCCUUCAACUAUACUCUUCUAUGACCUAACCAUCAUGAACAUUGUUUCUAAAUGUUUAGGGCAAGGUGGAAGAAUAGUGAAAUGGAAUACUACCUCAUGGAAGAGGAUGAGCUCAAAGCGCAUUAUUAGAGACCCAAUUUCUGCUUUCAAUGUUUCAACUGACGGAAAGCUCCUUGCAGUGUAA